UGGCAGCAUCGUCACGUGAUCUCCCAUGGCAACCGGCGAGUGUCAUCAGUUCCGCUGUGGGAGAAGUGCAGCUUCAGUCCGGCUCCGCUCGAAAUGUCCGGCUUCACUUCGUAACUCUUCUCUACCCUGGCCUGGACGUCUUCCCCGCAGAGCGGACCGAGCAGAGACCACGGCCUCCUCUUACCUGAAAUAUUUUUUGGGGGGUGGGAAAUUUAAGAGAGCUGGAAACCAUGAGUCACCCCAACCCAGGACUUAUUUCAGCCUACAACAGUCUGACUGACAAACAUCUCGCUGGAUACUUCAGCAGCACUCGGAUCAGAAAACACUUACAGAGAGCAGGACUGAUCACCAGGAGUGGGCGUAUUGUUCCAGACAAAGAGUACAGACACAAGCUGAUCCAGAGAGCCCACCAGAGACAUGUUCGCGAAUGCCUGGCCCAGGCUAUUUUCCACAAGGUGCUGGAGAUGGAGCGUCUCCAUCAAACAGAGAUCAAAAGGAAAAUGGAGGAGUUUGCAAGGAGGGAUAGAGUGCAUAAGAUCAAGUUGGAGCAUGCUAGAAGAUAUGAAGAAGACAUCACCCGCAUCCUGUCUCCACGUCCACCCACGGGUGCAAGGGGCAUCCGAAAACAGCACUCUGGGCCAGAGGGGGAGCACUCUGAAUCCUCGGAGUCUCCGGGAUCGUCUCGACCCAACACGGCUCCAGGGAAGAUGCAGAGGCCUGUGCGUCUGAAGCCAAUCCACAGUUACAGCACCACAGCUUCACUCAGACGCAGCUCCCCUUACAGACUCCUGGAAUCCUCCAAUGAGAACGAGCAGAUGUUCAACUGCACUAUGGACAAGGAGUCCCGGAGACGUUUGACCACAAUGGAAGCCUCCCGUGGCAUCUUGCCCUACUGCCUCCCAGUCAUCAACAAUUUUGUCACCCCAGUGCCUCCAGCCACAAAGAGGAAAGAGAGGGGGGUGAAGGUCACUCCCAGCGGCACGCUCAGAGGCCGCAGACUACGCCCUACCACCUCCAGUGGAGCUGACGUCAGUGAGGACCCCCCCAUGCUGAGGAGCUCUGUGCACCAGGGCAAAGUGUGUGUGAACGUGGUGUACUUUGGCAAAACGGUGCAUCUCUCCCACGAGCUGACGGACAUGAGGGACGAGGUCAAAGUGUUUCAGCAGCACUGUGGAGGAGAGAACCUGUGUGUGUACAAAGGCAAACUCAACGAGGGAGAGACUUUCCAGUUCAUUUCAAGGCGACACAGAGGCUUCCCCUUCAGUUUGACCUUCUUCCUGAACGGGCUGCAGGUGGAGCGGCUGAGCUCCUGCUGUGAGUUCAAACACAGGAAAGGCUCCAGGCUUGGCGGCAGGCACGGACAUUUUGGCUUCUCCGGUGUAGAGGGGGCCUCACCCUGCUACAAGUGCAUCAUAGCAAUGGGACUGGACAAAAAGCCAACACCUCCACCAAAGAAAGUCAAAGAGGAUGGAGGAAGAGAGGAGUCGGUCAUCAGUCCAAAGGAUGCUCCUGAAAUGGAAAGGGAGAGGAAUGGAGACAACGCUGCCUUCCAUUCAGACUGUGAAACGAGUCACCGACAGGACACGGAGACUCAAGUCAAAGAGGAAACAGCAGUGGAGGAGGACAAAGUCAGAGAUGAUUACGAAGAAGACUUUGAAGCAGACGAUGAGGGCCCUGCAGAAGAGGCAAAAGAAAAGAAAUCCCCAUCUCCAUCGAGUGAAACUGAGACGCAGGUUAAGGACAGAGACGUCUCUGAGACUGAAGACGACGUGAAGGAUGAAGACGUAAAGUCUCGUUCAGGCUCCAGCUGUUCAGGCAGCGACAGGGAGGCGAGUGAUACUGAAGCCACAAAAGACUCCAGAGAGGACGAGAAAGCAGAGAAACCUGAAGAGGUUGAUCUAGAGGAAACCGUUGCCCCAUCAGACGAAAGAGACGAUCCAAAUCCAGAAGAAGCAGGUGCCACUGAGGCCGAAUCUACAGUGGCUAAAGACUCAGAUUUACAGGACAGUGCAGGGGACAGCACAGAGAUUGACAUCUCUGACAGCAGCAUCCCCUCAGGGAAGGAGAAUAAACAGAGUGACGACACCUCGGGAGAGGAAAAGGCUGAGAAAACGGUAGAUGAGGGCAAACAGGAGGAACAGGAACAGGGGAGGGCUAAAUCUGUGCAGGAAAAGCUGGCAGAAGCAAUACUGAAGCUGUCCCAGUGCAGCCCUGAGCCCGAAUUGAGCGACACCAGUACAGAGGAGGAGGAGGAGGAGGCCAUAGAUAAAGGCCACGAACAGAACAAUAAUGAUGUAGAUCCAGAGAAGUCAGUGACAUUUACAGAGCAGCAACAGACCCUCAUAGAGGAGACGAAAUGCGAGGAAAGUGUUGCUGUUGGUGAAGCUGAAGUGGUUCAGGAUCACGAAGAGACAUCUGAGCCAAAAGAACAGGAGGAUGAAACUGAAAAAGAGCCUCAUGAGAACAGUGACAGUACUAAAGAUGAGACGGUCAAAAUAGAUGAAGGUGAUGAAAAGCCCGCAUCUGAAGAAGCAGCAGCAGAAAAGGAUGAGUCAGAGGGCACAGGUGCAGCUCUCCGUCCUGCGUCUGAAGAGAACACAACAGAAGAAAACAAAACUUCGGAACCUCUGGAGGACACAGCAGCUAAAUCCGCUGAUGCCGAAGCUGCAGAAAAAGAUGAAGAAAAUGAGGAGAAAACUGCAGAAGUAGAGGAGGCUGACAUACAGCCCGAUGAGUCAGGGCAAGGGGUAAAACGCAGCGAGGAGGAGGAAUCAUCUGUAUCAGAGCCAAAUACAAAGACUGAUGAGACAGCAGUGUCAGACAAAACAGAGGCGGAGGCGAUGACAGCGAGCGAGACAAUGGAGAUGAAAGCAGAGCCCUCAGAGGAGCGAGAGGCCCUCAGCUGUGAAGAGGCACCUGUAACCGACACAGAGGAGAGGCAGCAGGGAGACAGCAAGGACAGAACUAAAGCAUCAGAGACAGAAGUCACAGCAGAGAAUUUAAGCAGCUCGUCGGAGGGGGGCGGAGACGCCACAGUGGAAAAAGCAGCAGCUAUAAGUGAGGACAAUGCAAAUGAUGAGGGCAGUAAAGAUGAUAUUAAAGAGGAGGAAGCAGAGGAAGUGUCAGCAGCAGAAGCAAGUGAGGACGGCAAUCAACAAGAAAGGUUGGGAGAAGAGCAGACAGAAAAAUCUGUGGAAUUAGAUGAUGAGGUAGUGAAGGAGAAAUCUGAAGAGGAAAGUAAGGAGGGAGAAAAACAAACAAAUCCAGACGAAACACCAGAAGGUGAAAAUAGUGAGGAAAAAGAAAAGACUGAAAUGGAUAAAACAGAAGAAGAGGGGAACAAUGAAAACACUGUAGAGGAUACUAAAACUGACUCAAACACUGAAAGACAGACAAAUGAAGAACCAGCUGAGAAAACCCUUGACGGGGAAGCUAAAGUUGCAAAUGAACAGAGAGCUGACGAAUCAGAAAAGACAGAAAAAGACGAGGAUAGGGAAUGUGUUGAGGAUAAGAAUGAUGAGGAGGAAUCUGAAGCAAAGGAAGCCAUAACUGAUAAAACUAAUAAGUGUGAAGAAAUAACUGAGACAAAGACAGAUGCCGAUGCAGAAAAGGGUGACGAAGCAGAAAAAGAAAAGAAAGAUGACGAUCAAAGUGAAUCUGAAAACAAUAAAGAUGACAAUGAAUCCAAAGAGAAAAAAAUCAUCAUAACCUGUAAGACUGGAGAGGGAGAAGAAAUAUCUGAUAUUACUGAAGAGCCUGAGAAAAAUGCAGAUGAUGUCAAAAUAUCUAUUGAAAAUACUGAUAAGUCAGGAGACGUCGGUGACAGUGAAGCAGCAGAUGGGACUAAAGAGAUGUUAAACAGUAUGAUGGAGUCUGAAGAUGUUAGGAAAGAAACCGAAGGAGAGAGUACCAGCAGUGAAAAGGGGGAAAUUGAUGCUGAAAAUGGGGAAAUUUCCACUGGAGCAGAGAGCAAAACAGCAGAGAUAGUUAAAGACGAAAGACGAACAGAGAAGGAACCGACUGACGAUGAAAGUACAGAGGUAAAAGAAGUAACUGUGGAGUCUGGAGAUGAUGCUGAAAAACAGGAAGAUGACAAUGUGGAUCAGGCUCCUGACACAGAUAUGGUAGAAAGUGAGGCUAAGGAAGGGGGUGACAGUUUUGAAAAAAAGGAUGAAAAUGCUCUAAAAGAUUCAGAGCAAGAGACAGUUGGGACGGCGAUGAAAGAUGAAUCUAAACCAGAUGUACUAAAUACAGGCAGAGAGGACAGUGAGGAGACAAAACAAGAUGAAAAUGGCUACAAAUCUGCCCUUGAUAAUGAAAACACAGAUUCAGACUCAACCAAAAAUAAUAACUAUGUCAGUGAGGUGAUAACUGCUUCUUCAGCAGAUCAGGAACCAUCUUCAACACCCAUAGAUUUUGGUUUAGGUGGACUCAAAUUAGAUGAGUCCAUGGCAAUCUCUGACAAACACCCACAGUCUGAUGAAAAUGCUGCUGCUGUCGACCUCUCUGCUGCCGACGGAGAAAAUGGAGCAGACACGGAGGAGGCAAGCAAGGCCUCGGAGGAAGGAGCCAGUGUGCUGCUCAAACCUCGAUCACAACACGAGGAGGCUGAUAACGCGGAAGAGAGCAUCGCACUAGGUAAAGAAACUCCAGAGGCCCUAGCAGGAGCAGACAACACAGAUCUGGUCACAAACUGGGUAACCAUGCAUCAAACGUCAAAGUUUUUUGAGAAGUUUGUUGAACCUUUAGAAGACUUGAGGAAAGAGGGUUCACAAGUAUCUAUCUCCAGUAAAGAAGCGACAAAAUCUACAGAGCUGCUGAGAUCAGAGGGUCCACUUAAGAUGGUGAAGAUGUCUGUAAAUGAAGAAAAAGAGCAAGUGCAAGGAGAUGAAAAUGAGGCUAGGGAAAAAGACAAAGUGGAAGCUGUAGCGUCAGACCUCGAGAGUGAACACCCUGAAGAUGGUGAACCACGUGAGAACAACCCUGCAAAAGGUCAACUCCAGGAGGAGGAGGAGACUGAGGUGAAAGACUUAAUACCAAAAACAGAGACUGAAGAAAAUGAUAAAGAGUCUAUAAACGGGCAAAGAGAAGGAAGCAGGGGAUCUCUAGAGGAAGACAAGGUUCAAGAUGGACCAAUGCAAAUACAAAAUGAUAUUUCCAAAACUGAAGUGGAAAGCAUUGCAGAUACUCAUCAUUCGGUUACAAGUGGCAUACCUGUGAGUGUCGCAGAGAACCAGCCUGAAGAGAAAACUACUGACAAUGGUCCAGACUUGAAUGAAAAACAAACAGAAAAUGAAGAGAUAAAAGAUCUCCUGUCUUCAUCUAAAGCAGAAGAGCACUGUGAGCGUUCAGCAAGUCCCGGUGGUCUGAAAAAUACAGAAGAACCGCGGGGAAAAAUAGAUGAACGAAGUCGAGAAGUUACAUAAAUAAAUGAUUUUACAAUGUCCAACUCUGAAGAUGGAAGCCAAGAGGAGUCCCACAAUGGAGAGACCCAGCCCAAAGCGUCUGAUGUGAACAUCAAUGGAGAGAGAAGAGGCGUGCAGCUGAUCCGAGACAUCAAACACACUCCCUGUAAAGACAGACCGAGCACUUUUCUCGGUGGAUGAGACGUCGUUUGGUCGCAGUACAUAUCCCUUGCUGACUGCUGCGAGGACAGAGUGGACAUUAAAGCUGCACAAGGUACAGUGACACUUUAA